CAAAUAUGUUCGUUAUUGUUAGUUUAUUGUUCAAAUGUAUCAGUAUUUGUGUUUAAUUUAGUGUUUUUUAUGAGAUUUCAAUUGGGUUUAAGUUCAAAGAUUUGUGCACGUAACAUGUUCGACGAAAUGCCCCAAUAGUUUUGGAAUUAGGUAUUGUAUGAUAUGGUGUAAAAUUAUGGUUAUAUUUUAUGGGGUUUUUUCUCAGUUGUUUGUGUGGUGACCUGCUUCUUUGUUGGCAAUCAGUCAGUCUUUAAGGGUUGACUGUCUGCCACUUGGAUGAUGGGUCCAGAGAGUCAAGAACACACAAGUAGAACACUAGACCAUGUUCAUGGAGUUCAUGUGAUUCAACAUUCACCAUUUGGGUUCUCCCAAGAUGGAACCUUUCAGCAGUCAACAGAUGGAAGGUUGACUGUAGGAGUUAAUCAGCUUUUAAGAGUCCAUACUGUGCAAGUAUGGCAGCAGAGACCAGCGUGUUUACGGCCCAUCCAUAGUUGUAUACAUGGGGAUAGACAUCUUGGUGAGAGAAUUGCAAAUGUGCUUACUUCAAUUCCUUUUAUUGCUUGUGGUAUCCAAGCUCCAAGAAAGAAUUUGAAUUCUAAGCUUUAUGCUAAUUCAUUAAUCGGAGUAGGAAUUGCUUCAAGUUUGUACCAUUCUUCCAAAGGGAGAUUGCGAAAGUAUUUACGAUGGGCCGACUACACGAUGAUAGCUACGGCUACAGUGUGCUUAUCAAGGGCUCUUAGAGACGAAAAUCCAAAACUUCUGAUGGCCGCAUCUGCUUUGUGUCUUCCUAUUCAACCACUCAUUGUUUCACUUGUUCAUACUGGGAUGAUGGAGGUUGCGUUUGCAAGAAGAGCGGUGAAAGAUCCGGAUCUUAAACCCUUACAUAACGUUCACAAAUUGUCGGCACUUUUAGGUGGGGCGUUUUUCGUGGCUGAUGAUCUGUUUCCUGAAACACCGUAUCUUCAUGCUGGUUGGCAUCUAGCAGCUGCUAUAGGUGUUAGUGCUUGUAACAAGCUUCUAGAAUAGCAUAAUCCAAAUUUGUCGAUAUUUAUCCACUUAUCGGUGGAUUGUACAAGUCAUUAAGUAAAAAAUAAAGAUCAAGUAUCAUCAAUUUGAUACAUAUAUGUAAAAGUAGGUUUGUCAGUAUAUUUAUGUUUAAAACCGAUUGCGGUUUAA